AUGGCCGACCACGACAAGCCUCCCGCUUACGGCGGCCCUCCUCCCCAACACCCCCAGCAGGCGUACCAAGGCUACUCAUCCCCCCCUCCCCCGGGCGGUCCGGGAGGCUACGGCACCCCUCCCCCGGGACAGCACCCGGGUCCUUACUACUCCCCUGGCCCGGAGAUGGGCUAUGGCCCUCAGGGCGGUCCCUACCCGCCCCCCGGCCAAUACCCCCCGGGACAGUACCCUCCCCAGGCGCACUACGGUCCGCAGGGCCCGUACCCGCCGCAGGGCGGCUACUACCAGGACAAUCGCGGUGGCGGUGGCGGAAGCGGCCUAAUGGCCGGUCUGCUCGGUGCGCUUGCGUGCUGUUGCUGUCUUGACUGCUUGUUCUAA